AAAGAGCGCUCCGGGCAGGAGGAGAAGGGUCAGGGCGAAGUCCCAGGUCCUCAGGCAUGACCUCAGCUCUCAGGGUCUCGGGUCCUGAGGGCGGUGUCUGGAUUGGGGAGGCCCGGCCUUGCGGAUUCCCCAUGCCCGGAGUUUCUUCUCCCUUUCGCAACCUAUGGGACUCAGACUAUCUGCAGAUCCCGAGGAUGGGGUCGUGGAGCCCCGAAUCCUCCUCCUGCUACUACUUGGGGGCCCUGGCCCUGACCGAGACCUGGGAGGGCUCCCACUCCUUGAGGUAUUUCAGCACCACCGUGUCCCGGCCCGGCCGCGGGGAGCCCCGCUUCAUCGCCGUGGGCUACGUGGACGACACGCAGUUCGUGCGGUUCGACAGCGAUGCCGCGAGUGCGAUGAUGGAGCCGCGAGCGCAGUGGGUGGAGCAGGAGGGGUCGGAGUAUUGGGACCGGGAGACACUGAGCGCCAAGGCCCACGCAGAGACUUUCCCAGGCAACUUGCGGACCCUGCUCCGCUACUACAACGAGAGCGAGGCCGGGUCUCACACCUUCCGGGAGAUGUUUGGCUGCGACGUGGAUCCAGAGGGCAGCUUCCUCCGCGGGUAUGAGCAGCAUGCCUAAGACUACAAGGAUUACCCCGCCCUGAACGAGGACCUGUGCUCCCGGACUGCGGCGGACACGGCGGCUGAGAUCACCGAGCCCUAGGAGGAGGUCGAAGAGACAGAGCAAUCCAGGGCCUACCUAGAGG